CGUGCGCGCGUCCCGUGCGUCAGAUCCGAGGAGCACCUAGGAACGGAUCCGGGCGCGUUACCGGAGUAAUCCCGCGAUUCUGAGCCUCAGAAGAUCCGGGUCCGUGUAACCGAGGGUCUGACGUAAUGCUCCGGUAGGAUCUGGAUUAUUAAUGAGGAUGAAGAUGGAGGAUCUGCCGGACUUAAGAGAGGUGGAGAACAAGCUGGGUCGGAAAGUUCCGGAGAGUUUGAUUCGUUCAUUCGCGGGCGAACCGUUCAGAGGCUCGGAAACCCGCGAGCGAACCGAUGAUUUACAGACGCUUCACAACAAGAUCAGCUUCCUGCGGCAACAGAUGGCUCAUCUGCGCUCCAUCGAUGUCACACUGAUGCAUCAGCUGCUGUCCAUCAACGAGGGCAUCGAGUCGCUCCGCUGGGUGCUGGAGGAGCGCGGGGGCGGGGCCAGCCGCGAGGGCAGUGUGACGGACAGCUUGUGCAGCCUAUCAGAGGGGGCGGAGUCAGAGCGCGGCUCCUGCUGUGACGGACUGGACGGGAUCUCGCUGGGCAGUUAUCUGGACACACUCGAGGACGAGGAGCUUGACCGCCGCUCGCCCGCGGAGCAGGACACGCUCGGCAAACGUCCGCUGCGGCCUCGUGUGGAAACUGAUGAGUACUACUGCUUCGGCUGAUAAUAACAAACACUUCCGACGCCGAUCCACAUGGGCUCUCACCAAUCGCUUUGAGAAAUUCUCCUGUUUAAUCGGCUGCGACUGAUUUAGCUCACACUUCUUGUUCUAAAGUUGUUGUUUUUUUCUGUAAGUCAUCGAUGUUUGGGUUUGACUUUUUAAAUGUUUCUUAAAGAGGUCGUCGGAUGCCCCUUUUCUACAAGUUGAUGUGAUUCUUUAGGGUCUUAAUGGAAAGUCUAUAGCAUACUUUGGUUCAGAUUUCUCAAAAGGUAGUGUAAAACAACACCCUCUUUCAGUGCUUGUCCCUUUAUAUGCUAAUGAGCUCUGCUGACCCCGCCCCCUCUUCUGAGGAAGUGAUUUAAUGAGAUCAUUAUAGCGUGGUUGUGUAAACACACUGCAAACACAUUUCAGUUCAGACAGCUUUUAAAAGUGCAUGUCACAGCCGAUGACCCUUGAACCUGCCGGUCAGCUGAGAGAAUCUGCUCCAGGCUCUGUCUUCAAUGUUUGUUUCAGGCGAGAGAACCCGGCUCUAGUUGAUAUAUUGUCUGUGUUCACACUCAUUCAGUCCGGUCUGAAUUCAGUUCAGUUCAGUGUGAGGUCCAUGGGACUAUCCACAUUCCCCAGGAGUAUCUCCAGCAACAGUUUCUCAGCUCUUAAACAAUCUCAACUGAUGUGUUCACAAAUUAAGUCAUAAAGGCAUGGCAUUAAAUGUUGCAUGAUCGAUCAAAAAAAAAAAAAAAAAAAAAAUCAAGCAUUUCAUAAAUUAAGUCUUAAAUAAAAACCUUUAAAAGUCUUAAGUGUGACUGUCAGCUGCAGGAAACCCUGAGAGUCUUGUGCCAUGUGUGUUGUGUUUCAGAGCAGAAACACAUCCCAGCUCUGCUUCAGUUCAGACUUCUGUGGAGUAACGUGUGAACACAUCACGAAUCCUUCACCAGAACAGUGUGUUCACUGCAGGAGUGAUGCUAAUGCUAAUGAUACCGAUAACUGUACAGACGUUCACACCUGCAGACAUUAGCAUUCUGUUCAUUAGAAGCACUCUGCAGGUCAGUCGUCUGCUGCUUUAAAAGCAGGACGGAUUCUGACUCAACGACUGAAUAAAUAAUUAUCCUCUGCAGGUUUUAAAGCCACAUUAUUAUUAUUAUUACUGACCACACAUGCUAGUGCUAAUGUCUUAAACUCCUAACAGGUUUACAGCGGUGUACGCUGAAAGCUCUCGGUGCUCAGAUCAUGUGUGAGCUGAUGUGAUUCAAUCCUUUUGUGAUGUUUCAGAAGUGCAAUUCCUGCUCUUUAACUCUUUACUGACUCAUACAGUUUGAUUCUUCAGAAAUCAGAUCAUCCUUUCUUGAAUCUAAGGUGUUUCCAAGUCAGAGGAGUAUACUGUAUCACACAGUGGCUUCUUCUCGUUGUAUUUUGUGUCGAUGUGUAAAUGUAAUUGUUUGUGCUGCUGUUUCAUUUGUUUCUGGUUGUGUGCUUAAUGGAUUGAAGACUCCUAAUUUAUGAUGUUCAUUUUCAACAGUUUUGGGGUAAAAACCAUAAUACAUUGUGAGUUAUUUUGUCUGUGUUUUUUGAAGCAUGUAAAGUCUUUUAACAAAAUGUUUUAAUGUAAAAUUAAACUGCAUAAUCACAAGUUGGAAAUGAGCUUCACUGUACGUAUCAUAACGUGUGUCUGAACAAUAAAUAGAUGAUGAUCAAUGA